AUGGUGUCCGCCGCGGUGCUGCACGGGUCCCGGGGCCGUGUGACCUUGGAAGACAUCACCGUGUCCUUCUCCCAGGAGGAGUGGGGGCCUGAUGAGGCUCAGAAGAGCCUGUAUCAUGAUGUGAUGAUGGAGAACUUCGUGCUGGUGGCCUUGGUGGGGUGUUGGCAUAGAAUGAAGGACGAAGAGCUGCCUUCUGAGAAGAGCACUUGCACAGGCGUGUCUGAUGCUAGGGCUUCCCAGGGAGCCCCUCUGCCCCAGAAGGCCUACCCCUGUGAGACAUGGGGCCUGGACUUAAACCACAUUCUACACGUGGCUGAGCCCCAGGAAACUCAUAGGGGGCAAAGGCCACACCAGAGCAUGGCAUGUGGGGAGCAGCUGUGGGUCAGUGCAGUUCAGGAGCACGGUGGGGAGGAACACUCCAGUGGGGAUGAAGAUGGGGCAUGCCUUGUGAAGCUCUCUCCUGUCCAGCCCUUGGGAACACCUUUGAUGAUGUGGGAGAGCUGUCAGGACUCAGGCAGCUUGGGCUUGUCCCAGCACCCAGUCCCUCACUGCGAACGGGACCCCCACAGAAGCACUGCGUGUGGAGAGAUGGUGCGCGGGGGGCAGAGGCGGUACGCGUGUAGUGAGUGCGGGAAGGCCUUCAGCCGGAAGGACUCCCUCGUUCAGCAUCAGAGAGUGCACACUGGGGAGCGGCCAUACGCGUGCAGCCAGUGUGGGAAGGCCUUCAGCCGGAAACCCAUCCUUGCUCAGCACCAGAGAGUCCACACAAGAGAAAUGCCGUACGAGUGCACCGUGUGUGGGAAGGUCUUCAAUCACAGCUCUAACCUUAUCGUGCACCAGCGAGUACACACUGGAGCAAGGCCUUACAAAUGCAGCACAUGUGGGAAAGCCUAUAGCCACAAAUCCACACUGGUUCAGCACGAGAGCAUGCACAGCAGGGAAAGGCCUUACGAGUGCAGCGAGUGUGGGAAAUUCUUUGGUCAUAAGUACAGGCUUAUUAAACACUGGAGUGUUCACACUGGAACAAGGCCUUACGAGUGUAUUACAUGUGGGAAGUUCUUUAGUCAAAGCUCUGAUCUCAUUGCUCACCAAAGGGUUCACAAUGGGGAGAAGCCAUAUGUGUGCAGUGACUGUGGAAAGGCUUUUAGCUACAAGCAUGUGCUUGUUCAGCACCACAGGAUUCACACUGGAGAGCAGCCAUACCAGUGCAGUGAGUGUGGGAAGGCCUUCAGGCAGAGGGCCUCCCUCAUCUGGCACUGGAAAGUCCACAUCGGGGAGAGGCCAUAG